UAGAGAUUAAAUCCCUAUCCCAUACUUUCAUCAAAUAAGAACAAAAAUAUCUUCACAAUAACAGGAAUAUUAUUCUAAUUAAAGUAAGGUACCAACAGAUGAAAUGAUUGGCAUAAAAAAAGAGGACAGGUGGUAAGAUGCCCCUUCAUUUGGCCGGGAGAUUCCACAAUACAUAAUUGUACAGUGCCAUCUAUGAAUUAUGGCUAGGGGUGCUGUAGUAUUAAGGAUUAUGGAGAAUGUAUUUGCUAAGGGAAGAAAAAAGGAUAGCGUGAAGCUUAUAAAUCACUAAGGGAAAAAAAUGAAUUAGAAUAAACACUAACCCGUCAUUAUAUUUAAAGGGACUUACCUGUAGAAGAUACAAAUGAGGAGGCUGAGGAAGAGGCAGAAUCUGUUGUUGAAGAAGAUCCAGUGCAACAACAACAACAGAAUGAGGAAGAAAGGUAAACUCACACUUUAUAUGGGAGGCUGCGGUUAAGACUGAUUUCUACUAUAAACUUGCAUUAUACUAAUCAUGUACCUCAAUGACCUCUUCCCAAUAGUGAAGUUCCUGAGAAUGAAGAAGACUCUUCUGAAACAUCGAUGGGUCCUCUCCCAGGCGAUUACAGCCCCAUUCCAGAGGAUUCUCAGGCUGAAGAGAUGACAGUAGAGGAGGCUGAAACGACACAAGAGCUACAGUUCAGCAGUUUUACAGCAAAGGACUUUCGCCGGAUUAAGGUUUUAGGCAGAGGAAGCUUCGGCAAGGUUCUACUAGUAGAGUAUCUUCCAGCAAACAUCUAUUGCGCUAUUAAAGUGCUCAAGAAGGACAACAUCGACUCCACUGAUGAUAUAGAACACAUUUUAACAGAGAAGCAAAUUGGACAGUUGGUGAAUCCACACAGUUUUAUAGUGGACUUAUACGCCACAUUCAGCACCAAAAACCAGCUGUUUUUCAUCAUGGAGUUUGUGGCAGGAGGCAGUUUAAGAACCCACCUGAUGAGGAGCAAGCACUUUGAUCUACAGACAACCAAGUUCUACGCUGCUUGUAUAACGCUUGGUUUAGAAGGAAUUCACAGCAAGGAUGUCAUACACAGAGAUUUAAAGCCGGGGAAUCUACUAAUGGAUCAAGACGGCUACAUCAAGAUCGCCGAUUUUGGGAUGAGCAAAACUGGCAUUGGAUAUGGAGACCGCACCAACACCAUGGUUGGGAGUCCUGCUUAUAUGGCGCCCGAAGUCGUGAUGGAGGAGGAGUACUCAAGAGCCGUCGACUGGUGGGCUCUUGGCGUCAUCGUUUAUGAGAUGCUCCUCGGAACGAGACCUUUCACCGGAUACGACAGGGACUUUAUAUAUGAUUCCAUCGUGGAGGAUGAGCCACACUACCCCUCAUCCCUGGACUCCGAAGCAGUAAGCUUCAUAUCACAGCUGUUGAAGAAGAAUCCUGAGGAGAGGCUAGGUUCCACCCCGGGGAAUGCCGCAGAUGUAGCAGAACAUCCAUUCUUUAAUGUAAGUCCCCUUUCUGUAUUGUCCAAAUAAUUAUCCAAGAGAUACAGUCCUUUCAUAUCCUCAGCUUCUAAUGAUGAAACUCUAAUAAUGAGCAUUUGCUAUGGUGCCUAUUUUGCAGGGCAUUGUCUGGGAUGAUAUU